GUCUUGUACUAAAUUUUGACAGCUUUGAAAAUUAUAAAAUAUCUAGCCAUUUGCAGUCUAUUAUUUCUAAUCCUGAUGAUACAACUAUAGAAGAGUUAGGUGAAGAUGAUAUACUAGAAGAAAGUUCUCAAAAUAUGAUAGAGAUUGAUGAAGAUGAAAUAAUUGAGAUUGAUGAAAAUGAAGUAACAGAAAUUGAUGAGGAUGAAAUAAUAGAAAUCGAUGAAGAUAAAGUAACAGAGAUUGAUGAUGAAGUAACAGAGAUUGAUGAAGAAGCAAUAGAGAUUGAUAAAAAUGAAGUAAUAAAGAUUGAUGAAGAUAUAGAGAUUGAUGAAAAUAAAGUAAUAGAAAUUGAUGAAGUUAAUACAUCAGAUAAUAAUGAAAUAAUAGAAAUUGUUGCGAACAAAGAAAUAUUAGAAAUAACAGAAAUUAUCAUAGACAAAGAUAUAUUAGAAGUAACAGAAAUUAUCACAGACAACGAUGAUAUAUUAGCUUUAGAAGCAAUAAAAAUAGAUUGA